UUUUGCUCGGUGGACGGAGAGAAAAAGUGUCGCGUAGGUUUUCGCCAAAUUUCCCCAUUCGAAGCGCGAUCGGCUGCGAAAGAACUUGUGAAAAGUCAUCAGUGGAGGUGAUUAGAUGAAGUGCUAGUGCCAGAUUGGACAUUUCGGCAGUGCAGAGUGGUGUAUUUGAGGGGGAAAAGUGUGGAUGCCCUCCAGGGAUGAGUUGGAGUUUGAAGAGCUGCUGAGAGUGAAGAUUCCUCCGACAAAAUGGAUAAAAAUGCUGAUUUAGAUCCCCGGAUACAGAUUGAAUUGGAAAAUCUCAACACGGCCACAGAUGAAAUCAACAAAUUGGAGAUUGAGUUGGAGGAAGCAAACACGACAUUUCGCAUUUUACUCAAUGAGUCCACCAGGCGUCUGAAGCUGCUGUCCAAGAAGCUGGGCGGAUGCAUUGAGAAAGCCCGUCCGUAUUAUGAGGCAGUGGAGAAGGCGCGCAUUGCGCAGAUUGAGUGUCAGAAAGCGGCUGUUAAGUUUCAACGCGCCAAUGAAAUCCAUGCAGCGGCGAAGGAAACGGUUGCGCUGGCGGAGCAGAGAUUCAUGAGCAAUUCGCAUGAAUGGCAAUUUGACAAUGCAUGGCAAGAGAUGCUGAAUCAUGCCACCAUCAAGGUUAUGGAUGCGGAUAAUCAAAAGGCGGAGAGCAAUGCUGAGCAUCAGCGCAAGGCGAUCAUCUUCAAUGCGGCUGAACUGAAAGUGCAGCAAUUGGAGGAUCGUCUGAAGAGGAACAUUCACAAGUCGCGACCAUACUUUGAGGAGAAGCAGAUCUGCCAGGAUCAGCUGGAGACGCAGAAGGGACGCAUUCAGGAGCUUCAGUCGCUGGUGCAGGUGGCAAAAUCCUCGUAUUCGAAUGCGCUGCGGAAUCUGGAGACGAUCAGUGAAGAGAUUCACAAACAGCGCGGUGACUUGAGUUGUGCCGCGCCGCCGGGGCCGCGAGAGCCCGGCGUUGGCGCGGAACUGAGCGUGACUGAGCUGACGCAGUCGAAGUGCUCUUCCACGGGCAUCGUGCUGAAUUCGCCUGUCCUUGCGCUUCCUGACUAUGCGUCCGAGUUGGAUCGCUGCGCCAUCCAAUCGGCGGGCACUUCCGUGGCCACGAGCUCGGCGGUGAGCGAGAAGGGAGAUGAGAGCGAUGUGGAUGACACGGAUCUGGAUCUGGAGGAGCUGCGACAGCGCGUGAAGGUGCUGGCGAUUCGUCCUGUGGAGGGCGGCGAUGGGCAGCAGGAGCAGGACGUGUGGGAGAGCGAACUCAACGCCACGGUGGACAAGCUGGACUACCUGAUGAUGAUUAGGGAGUGCAGUGGCAUGACGUACGCGCCGGGAGGCAGCUUCCCGGCGACACCGCGCAAAGUCUCUCCGAGUCCCAUCAAGCAGCUGCAGAAGGCGCCGCCGCCUCCCGCCGUCAACACGUCACUGAAAGAGCUCUCUGCUGUCCAACUGCUGCCCGCGAUGGUGACCACGGCCGGCGUAGCGACAGCCGCUGAGGGCAGAGUGGAGCACAAGCGGAAGUUGUCUGUCUGAAGAGGGACAGAGAGAGAGAGAGAGAGAAAGGAAAUGAUGCAGAUCUGAGAAAAGGCGACGUGAAAAGCAGCUAGAGUCACCUUUAAAAUUGUAUCAAAUUGAUAUUUUUAGAGUCCGAUUUUCACACAAUAUCACAUCUUUUCUUCAGUCUUCUUUCAUCUAUUUCUGGAGUUCUUUAAAAAAAAAAACUUUAGUACAAAACAAGACGAAGAGAUGUUCAUCUCAUAAUAAGCAGAUUUGGAGAUGAGGCAAAAAUAGACUUAUAAUAGUGACUUGAUCGAGAAGUCUAAUCCAAGCGAUUCUGUGACAAGAAGUUUCCUUAUUAUGAAGAAGAAUCACGAAAGAAAUUGUCAAUUUUAGAUUAAAAAUCAUUUGCCUGUAUAAUUGUAUACAAUAAUUGCUGUUUUUGGUCACAGAAUUGAAGGGAUUUCCUCUCUAUUUCACCUGUUUCAUUACUUAUAUAGUUUCCUCUGUAGUUUUUAAGUGCAUUAUAAUUGUAGAGAUUCACCUUAAGUUUCCUUGCAACUUGCCCGUAAAUCGUUGUCCUGUUUCUUCAAAAGAAGCGCCGGUGAUUCACAAAAGGGAUUCACGAUCAAUUAGGCUAUCACAAAAAUUAUAACUUUCGUUGGAGAAUAUAGAAAA